GGGUCCUUCCAAACUCGGGCUGUUUCACUCCCUCCCACCUCUUCAACUUUUUUGCUUGCAGAAGCUCCAAGCCGCAACCCUAAUCCUAACCCUAACCCUAAGUCAUAUUCUUCGAGAUCCGAAGAAUGGGUGAAACAAGGGACAACGAUGCGUACGAGGAAGAGCUUCUCGACUACGAAGAAGAUGAAGACAAAGCCACUGACUCCUUAGGAGCCAAGGUCAACGGCGAAGCUACCAAAAAGGGCUAUGUUGGAAUUCACAGUUCGGGAUUCAGGGAUUUCCUGUUGAAGCCAGAGCUUCUUCGGUCUAUUGUGGACUCUGGAUUUGAGCAUCCUUCUGAAGUGCAACAUGAGUGUAUUCCCCAAGCAAUCUUGGGAAUGGAUGUCAUUUGUCAAGCAAAGUCGGGAAUGGGGAAAACUGCUGUUUUUGUUCUAUCAACUUUGCAGCAAAUUGAGCCUGUCGCAGGUCAAGUUGCUGCAUUGGUUCUAUGCCAUACAAGGGAGUUGGCUUACCAGAUUUGUCAUGAGUUUGAGAGGUUCAGUACAUACUUGCCUGACAUCAAGGUUGCUGUAUUUUAUGGUGGUGUCAAUAUCAAAAUUCACAAAGAUCUAUUGAAGAAUGAAUGUCCACAUAUUGUUGUUGGAACACCUGGUAGGAUUCUGGCAUUGGCAAGAGAUAAGGACCUUGGUUUAAAGAAUGUUCGCCAUUUUAUCCUUGAUGAAUGUGACAAGAUGCUUGAAUCACUUGACAUGAGGAGAGAUGUGCAGGAGAUUUUCAAGAUGACUCCUCAUGAUAAGCAAGUUAUGAUGUUUUCGGCCACGCUUAGCAAAGAAAUCCGGCCUGUUUGCAAGAAAUUUAUGCAAGAUCCAAUGGAAAUUUAUGUGGACGACGAGGCCAAGUUGACCCUUCAUGGGCUUGUGCAGCACUACAUCAAAUUGAGUGAGCUGGAGAAAAAUCGCAAGUUGAAUGAUCUUCUUGAUGCAUUGGACUUCAAUCAAGUUGUUAUCUUCGUCAAAAGUGUGAACAGAGCUGCUGAGCUGAACAAACUGCUUGUUGAGUGCAAUUUCCCCUCUAUCUGUAUCCAUUCUGGCAUGUCGCAGGAAGAAAGGUUGACACGCUACAAGGGUUUCAAGGAGGGGCAUAAAAGAAUUCUUGUGGCAACUGAUUUAGUUGGUAGAGGAAUUGACAUUGAGCGGGUUAACAUUGUCAUCAAUUAUGACAUGCCAGAUUCUGCUGACACUUACCUUCAUAGGGUAGGCAGAGCUGGUAGAUUUGGCACUAAAGGGCUUGCAAUCACGUUUGUUUCUUCUGCCUCUGAUUCUGACGUUCUUAACCAGGUUCAGGAGAGAUUUGAGGUGGAUAUAAAGGAGCUUCCUGAGCAGAUUGACACCUCUACUUACAUGCCAUCCUAAUUGAGCGGUUCACACGGCAUUGUGCAUGCUCCACUCUUGAGUGCAUUGCAACUGAAGAGGUGCUUGGCCAUUCAAUUUUUGUUCUUGAUCUAUGUUGGAACAGUUCAGUUGCUCGAUCGAGAGAACUCAAAUCCAGUUUUUAUGUGAUUUAAGCUGCUAUUUUAUUUUAGUAUGAUCACUGUGGAGCUUUUCGGGAUGUAUGUUUUAGCCUUGUGAAACAGCUACCUCUAAUACUAUCUAGCCUUGCCACAAAA